UUGCGUCACUCUUCUUUCCGGUGCAGCAGAUUCUCGCUGAUGGUGUCAGAAGGGUCAGAAGUGUCAAGCCAAAUUUUGUUUACCUACGUGUUUUUCGUGCGCGUUUCGGAGAGUCCGCGAACCAUGUAAACACCAAACCAUCGCCCAGCUUUCGAAAUGGCGGACAAUCCCUGUCCGGACGCCAAAUCCUGGCCCAAUAAUCCUCCGGGCUGCGUCAACAACGGCAACCCCGCCGUGAAUAACAACAACUCCACAAACGGCCCAGCCAGCGGUUUUCCGCCAGCACAAGCCCCCCUCCUGCUUCCCUGGGGCGCCCGCAAAGAGAGGCAGCCCUUCCCGUCGGGCAUCCACUUCGACACCGACGUCAAACCGGGCGAGUUCGUGCUCCGAGUACUCUUCGCCGAGUUCACCCUCCAAGCCGAAAAGAAGAUCCGUGCUGUGCUCGCCGAGCCCCUCGAGCGCCCCGUGUCCAAGUCGCUUCAGAGAGGCGAGGACGCCGUCUUCGAUCAGCUCCUUUGCGCGUUCGGCUCCGUCGCCGAGCACUGCCUGCCUUCCCUGCUCCGCACCCUGUUCGCCUGGUACGAGCGCCAGACCGUCGAUAAUGUGGACGUGCAACGGGCGCGCGCCGACUCCAAGGCCAAGAGCGAGCCAGAGCCGCGCACCGAGAGGGACUACCUCCACGAGAGGCGAGACCUGGCCAUCGAGUUCAUCUUCUGUCUGGUUCUUAUCGAGGUUCUGCGGCAGCUGCCCCUUCAUCCGGGUCAUGAGGACCUCGUUGGCUACAUCGAGACCAUGGCCUUCAAACACUUCCGGUUCCGCGAGAGCUCUCAGACCGGACCCAACGCGCAGAACGUGAACAUAGUCGCCGACCUCUGCGCCGAAGUGGUCGGGGUCCUUGCACAGUCCCGAUUCCAGUCGGUGCGCAAGUGCUUCAUGGCGGAGCUGAAGGAACUGCGAGCCAAGGAGCCCAGCCCGCACACGACGCAGAGCAUCAUCAGCUUGCUGAUGGGCAUGAAGUUCUUCCGGGUCAAGAUGGCCCCCAUCGAGGAGUUCGAGGCGUCCUUCCAGUUCAUGCAGGAGUGCGCUGGCUACUUCCUCGAAGCAAAGGACAAGGACAUCAAGCACGCCCUUGCGGGACUCUUCGUCGAGAUCCUGGUGCCAGUGGCGGCCACGGUCAAGACAGAGGUGAAUGUGCCCUGCCUCAAGAACUUCGUGGAGAUGCUGUACUCCCAAACGCUGGACCUCUGCACCAAGAAGAAGCACAGCCUGGCCCUGUUUCCCCUGGUGACCUGCCUGCUGUGCGUAAGCCAGAAGCUGUUCUUUCUGCAGAACUGGCACUGCUUCCUGGCUAUGUGCCUGUCCCACCUCAAGCACAGAGAUCCGAAGAUGUGCCGCGUGGCCCUCGAGUCCCUGUACCGGCUUCUCUGGGUCUACAUGAUCCGAGUGAAGUGUGAGAGCAACACGGCGACCCAGACUAGGCUCCAGAGCAUCGUCAACUCUCUCUUCCCCAAGGGCUCUAAGGCGGUCGUGCCGCGGGACACGCCGCUCAACAUAUUCGUCAAAAUCAUUCAGUUCAUCGCACAGGAACGACUGGACUUCGCCAUGAAAGAGAUUGUGUUCGACCUCAUCUCGGUGGGGAGGCCAAUCAAGAUCAUCCUGACUCCCGAACGAAUGAGUAUCGGCCUGCGUGCCUUCCUGGUGGUCGCGGACAGCCUGCAACAGAAAGAGGGCUAUCCGCCGAUGCCACGCACGGUUGGCGUCCUGCCCUCGGGCAACACUCUGCGGGUCAAGAAGACCUUCAUCAACAAGGUCCUGACCGAGGACACUGCAAAAAGCAUUGGCAUGUCCCAGUACUAUUUCUAUGUUCGUAAAGCAUUUGAUGACAUCCUCAAGGCACUUGACGUCCAGUAUGGGCGGCCACUCAUGAUGACCACAGUUCAAAAUGCGAACAAGGAACCAGACGACAUGAUCACGGGCGAGCGGAAGCCCAAGAUCGACCUGUUUCGGACGUGCGUCGCCGCCGUCCCACGUCUCAUUCCAGAUGGCAUGCGACGGCAGGAUUUGGUGGACCUGCUCUCUCGCCUCACGGUUCACAUGGACGAAGAACUGCGGGGUCUGGCAUUCCAGUCACUCCAGAACAUGAUGCUAGACUUUCCAGAGUGGAGGGAAGAUGUCAUCCAGGGGUUUAUCCAGUUCAUCCUCCGUGAGGUCAACGACACGUUUCCGCAGCUCCUGGACAACGCUCUGCGAGUCCUGCUCCAGUUUCUCACCACAUGGAAGAACGCCCUCAACACUAACUCCGUCAAAAAGGAGGUGUCGGAGAUCCGAAUCGAGCAGAUGACGAGCGCCCUUCACCUUGUCGAGGGCAUUGCUCUGGUGAUGCUCUGCAACUGCAAGGUAUCCACCCGGCGCUUGGCAGCCCACAUCCUCAAGGAGACCAAGACGGUGAUGAAGCUGCAACUGCCUCCACGGACCGAAGAACCAGUAGUUGACGUCAUCGACCGAGCCUGUUCUGCGGCCAUCAACAACUGCCUCCCUUACCUGCCGACGUCGGAGAAGUCGGCCCUGCUUGCGGCAUCCGCAGUGGACCUUCAGUGGCUUGCAGAGCGCUCUUCGUGGGCCACCGGAACCCACGAAGGCGAAGGCCCCAACAAGGCCUCUGCGGACAUCUUGGACCUGUCCCAGAUGGAUGCCUGGUGCGCCUGCCUUAUGAGCUUCAUCCACCAGGACUACAUUCUGAAGCACUGCCCGACGGCCGUCACGCUGUCCUGGCCCAUCGUCACGUCCCGUAUCACGUGUCUCUUCAGCAACAUUGAACUGAAUCCCGUGAACGACAACCGCGCUUCCCUCCUUCGCACCACGACGGUCAAGAAGGUCCCGAGCGAGCGGGACGUGUACCUCAGUCUGUGGCGGAACUACCUCCUCUAUGCCUGCCGCGUGGCACCUUCCAAUAGCAACAUCACCGUCCGUUACCUAUCCCCCGACCUCAGCUUCAGCUCCUCGCCCGAGAACGCCGCCUCUGACCGCGCGGAACACCGCUACACGGGCAUCAGCAACAGCGGCAUCAGUGCUUCAAACCUGUUCAAACAGAUCGUGCCCUUCUUGAGGAGCGAGCAGGCAGACCUUCGGGGAGCUGUGGUCCUGGGGCUCUCCCACGUCAACCAUCUGGCACUCAAGGACCUCAUGGAAGAACUGCUGCCUUACAUCCGCGAGGCCAUCGACCGUAAGCAGGAGAAUGUCCGGCGCCGCAGACGCCGCGACAUCCUACGCCUGCAGCUGACACGGCUAAUGGAGUCCAUCGCGGAGUACGGCACAUUCGGCAUCGCCUCCUGCAUCCUGGACCGCGAUGCGGGCACGCUGAACGCGACGUUUGUCGAAUACAUCGAGGGUGCCCGACUGUUCUUGGAGAGCGAGAACGACAAGGAUGCGUCGGUGCAGGAGAUCAAGCUUCACUUCUGCGAAUUUGUGCACAAGCUGAUCAAGAGCUUUCCACUGGAGAGUCACACUCUGCUUCUUGGGCACGACCUCAGGCGCAACCUCUUUUACCUCUUUGCGACGUGGAGCGGCAACCUCGGGGUUCCCUUUGGCGGCGUCGAGAAGCGGGCUUCUGCAGAGGAGAGCCUGACGGACCUCGAGUUUGCAGCCUUACAGGCUAUGUCGUCCGUGCUGUGCUGCGGGGCCUGCAUGGACCCGCCAGGGCUGAACGAGGAGAGCGUCAUGUACCAGUGGCUGGACAGCCUGCUGAGCUCCCAGGACGAGCGCCUCUACCGCCUGGCACAGGAGACGCUGGUGCUGCUGCUGGACUUCAACCAGGACGCCGGCAUGUUGCUCGACUGGCUCGUCGACCGCUGCUACACGGGACAGGUGCAGCUUGCGGACGGGUGCUUCAAGGCGCUGGCGACAGUCUUCAGUGUGCGGGAGUACCCGUGCGACCACUACAUGUCCAUCAUCAACGUGACCCUGCUGAGCGCUGGCUGCCCCCGGGCAGACAUUGCCGAGGUGGCGCUGCAGCUGCUGCACGUCCUGGACCACCGCUUCUUUCGCUCCGCCCUGGCCAUCGGGGAGGAGGACGAGGCCAGGCUGCGGCAGGGCGACCCCUCGGGGCUCCUGGACGGCCUCAUCGUGGCGGGCUACCCCAGCUCCCAGAUGGAGCUGUGCAGCCAGAUGGCCAGGGUGCACCCGGAGCUGACGAUGCCGGUCUUCUCGGAGGUGACGGACCGGUUCCAGACGGGGCGUCCGGCCGUGCGGCAGAGCCUGCUCCGCUGCCUGCUGCCCUGGCUGCGCAACAUGGAGCUGGUGGACCCGCACUUGGUGCACCAGCUUCCCCACCGGGCGCCCUUCGAGCCCGCCGGGGCGGAGCACCGCGAGGGCUGGGGCUCGGCUGAGGCCACCGAGAUGGUGCUCAACAACCUCUUCUACGUCACCGCCAAGUUCGGAGACGAGCACCCCAAGGAAAUAGAAGACCUCUGGGCAUCACUAUGUAGCUGCUGGCCACACAACCUGAGGGUGGUGCUGCGCUACCUCUUCAUUGUGACUGGGCUCGCGCCUAAUGAGCUGCUGCCGUUUGCCAAGCGGGUGGUCCUCUACAUGGUGCGAGCCUGCCCCGACCGACUUCUCGACGAGAUGAUGGCCGAACUGCAGGUGGUGGAGACGCUCAACUUUUCGGUGGAGCGAACGGAGACGCCGCCUUUCUUCCGGCUCACCAGUGCCCGUAAAGGCAGCAGCAGUCACUCCGAGGACGGAGGACAGACGCAGGCCUCGGAACAGACGCUGGAGCGUGGCACGCUGCACACCAAGCGCCGAAGCACGGAGGACGGAGCGGCGUCGGAAGAGCGGAGCAACGGCAAGGGCUCCCUGCGGAGCAAUUCGAGCGAGCGCUCGCACGCAGACCGCACGCUCCUGCUGGGAGGAGACACCGGACCGAGGGUGGCGGAGAAGGACGAUGAACCCGAGGGUAUGGACAACUUUGCGCUCCUGCGCCACGCGGCAGCCAUGGAGGAGCGCAAGCCCGAGACGCCGCAGCCGCACCCUCUCCCCAUGCCGGAGUACGGGGGCUACUAUGCCCCCCUCUCCGAGUUCCUGCCCGAGAGUUCGCAGCCUGUGGCCGGCUUUCACAGGUGCAACCUGGCGGUCAUGCUCCUCUCAGAGGUGGUGGUGAGCGGGGUGCCCCUGGACUGGGGCCCCCACCUGCCCGUGGUGCUGCACGUGCUCUUCCUGGGCCUGGACCACGCCCGGCCCCUGGUGCACGACCACUGCAGCCGUCUGCUCCUCAACUUGCUGGUGGCUGUCUCCUGCCACCGGGACCACCUGGGCGUGGCUCGCAUCCUGCUCAACAACCGGGUGCAGCUGCUGGGCUACGGGUUGCCCUCGCACCCGUUGGGUACCCCCCGACUCAACCUGCUACAGCCGCCCAAGGCUUCACCGGCUCCCACGACCCUGGCGAGCGAGGGGAGCGCGGACACCACAGUGCGCAUCAAGCUCGGCGGGGGCGACAUGGAACACUCGUCGUCCCGGCCAAUCGAGGACGUCAUCAAGUCCUUGGUGGACUUCCUGGCCUCCAAGAAGGACAGUCCAUUGUGGUCCUACGAGGACAUCACGGCCAAGGUCUGGACGGUCAAGAGCGUCGAGCAGCUGAGCGCCUUCGUGCAGCACGUCCUCGCGGUCUUCAAGGAGUCGAUGCCGCAGGCGCACGUUGAGGAACGCUGGGCACAAGUUGCGCUACAGCUCGCGCUGUCUUGCUCGUCACGACACUACGCGGGCCGCUCACUGCAGAUCCUGCGUGCGCUCCGCGUGCCAAUCACGACGCGGAUGCUGGUGGACAUCCUGUCGCGGCUCGUCGAAACCGUAGCCGAGCAAGGCGAAGAUAUGCAAGGCUACGUGACGGAGCUGAUGCUCACUCUCGAAGAAGGCGUGGACUCGCUGGACUCGACGAUCAACAUUGGCGACCUGAUGCACGAGAUCUUCCACUCGGCGCCGAGUUUUACGGGCAAGGAUAACCGCAGGAGCAUGCCGGUGCAGCCAGAGACGGCUUCGCACGUCCGUAGCACGUCCUACUCGGUGUCUUACUCUGGCAAGAGGGCUCCGGAGAGUCCGACGUCGGAGUGCCGCGAGCUCCGGUCGCGUGCCUACACCGACGACGAGGCGAGGCUACGAGGAAACAGUCUAGGCCGCUCGCGGAGUGCGCUGUCGCUGAAGGCGGCAGACGAGCAGUACGCUCAGGAGGACAAGAUGACCCUCCUGGCGCAGUUCUUCUGGAUCGCCGUUUCGCUGCUGGACUCUGACUACGAGCACGAGUUCCUGCUCGCGCUGCGGCUCCUCGAGCGCGUGCUGAGCAAGCAGCCGCUGGAGCACGUGGACUUCCUCGAGAAGACUGACAAGAUCCUUCACCAGAUGCAGUGGCCGAGCUUUCCGGGCAUCCACGCGCUGCUCCUCAAGGGCUGCACGUGUCCCGCAGCCUUCGAACAGACAAUAGGGAUACUUUCCCAGCUGACGCAUCACUUGGACGUCGCCGUGGUCGACAUGACAGAGUCGCUUGCCUUUCCGUUCCACGUGAUGGCGCUGCUGCCGUACCUCCUCCUCAACUACGACGACCCGGCGCCUCUGUGCGUGCGCACCGCCGAAGCCAUCGCCCACGUCUGCAUGGACCGGUCUCAGCGGCUGGAGAACCUGGCCACCGUCAUGACGCUGUACAGCCGGCGUGCUUUCAGCAAGGAGAACUCGCAGUGGACCAAGUGCGUCGUCAAGUACCUCUACGACGCGUACUCGCACGUCUUCAUGGGCAUCGUGUCGUUCCUCGUCGAGAUGGUGGAGAAAGGCCCGCCGUCGCUGAUGCAGCAGACGCUCAAUGUGCUUUACUGCAUCCUGCUCUACAUGGACAUACAGGGGGCGGCACAGACCAUCAACUCGGACCUCCUCCGGGCCAUCGCGCGCCAUGUGGAGGGGUCCCAAUGGCGCGACGUGCUCAAGAUCCUGAAGCAUGUUGUGACGCGCUCGUCGAGCCUCGCUGCACCGCCGUCGUCUUCCGGCGCGUCGCUCUCCGGCGUCGCGACAUCGGAUUGCAUCAGCAUUGCGUCGAGCACGUCAUUCGCGGACUCCGACUUCUCGUCGAAGCGGGAGCUGCCGGGACGCACGAUUGACUUCACAUUUGACCUCUCCGUCACGCCCGUCGUCGGACUCAACACAGAGGCCAAGGAAGACGGUCCGCCGUCCUCCGACGCGAGGGAGGAGAAGAGCUCGCCGCGGCGCAGCCUCUCGCACAACCAGUCGUUCAGCGAGAACGGCUCUCUCGGCGGCUGGCGCCGGCCGUGGCUGUCGCAGGCACGGACGCGGGAGCACCUCAUGAGCCUGCUGACGGCCUGCGGUCAGCGGGUGGGACUGCCGAAGAGCCCGUCGGUCAUCUUCAGCCAGACGAGCGACGUGGCCGAGCGCCAGUCAUCGCGCUGCAGCAGCACGGAAGAGGUGUCGGCCGGCAACAACGACCUGUCGGCAGACAGCAAGCUGGAGGACGGCACACACAGCGACCAGCAGUUCGGUGUCUUCAAGGACUUUGACUUCCUCGAGUAUGAACUCGAGAGCCAGGAGGGGGAGAGCAUGGACAACUUCAACUGGGGCGUGCGACGCCGGUCGCCGUCCAACUUCGAGAACGGCUGCCACGGCGGCGGCGGCCCCUGCGGAUCCGACUCGAGUGUCACGGUUCGCUACAGUGUCACAACGCCACGCCGCGAGGAGUCCUCAGACGACGAGGCCGGAAGCGUCUCCCCACUCUAUGACCAGUCGGAGCUCCCGAGCUGCACGAGCAGCCUCGUGUUUCCGGCCAUCUCGCUGCCGUUGAAGGGCGGGUUCCGGCGGCCCGGCAGCCCCGUGUCGGGCUCGUCGCAGAGCUUCGUCAGCGACGGGGACCUGACGCUGAGCAACACGUCGCCGAGCUUCUCGCCGCUGGCGGGCGUGGCGGCCCCGCUGAUGGACGACGCCGAGGACGCCUGGCGGACGAGCGUGCACCGCCUGAUGGGGGCGUCUCCUGAAGACACGACCACGCUGUUCCAGGCGCUGAGCCGGCUUCUGCGGGAGUCGCUCAGGCGGGUGUCGCGGAUGACCCGGGAGUCGUGCCAGCUGCUGGCGGGCACCGACGCCCUGCGCAAGGUCGGGGCGCUGUUCCUCAACGUGCUGGACGUGCUGGCGACCCAGGCAGAGCUGCCUUUCGUCUUCGUCGAGUCCCAGGUUGCGUCCUUGUGGCCGGGGGGCAGCGAGCACCUGCGCUGCCUGGUGCUGGAGGAACAGGAGCACUGGGAGACGUUUGUGGAGAAGCGGGAGCACCUGCUGGAGGCGCAGGACGCCGUGCGGUCGGCCGCCAAGCUGGAGGCCCUCGGGGAGGCCCUCUCCGACCACCUGCUGCUCGAGCAGAGGCUAGAUCUCUGCCGGGCGCUCUACCGGCUACACUUCCAGGCCUUGCUGCUGCUGGAAGGCUACCGACGCCUGCUGGAGCAGCUGCUCUCGGUGGCGCCCCAGUGCCAACUGGCGGACCUGUCGGACGAACUGACCGCCGUUCGGGCCGAGGUGGUGCGUUCCAUCGAGGACACGGAAAGCGAGCGGCUGUCGCCGCCCCCCGGCGCCGCCAUGGUGGCCGAGCUGGCCGGAGACGGGGACCAGGUCUUGGACACACUCCUGAGGGAGCGACGCUGGGCGGAGGUAGCCCGCCACCUCCACAGGAACCGCUGCCCCGGGGAGGAUGACGACCUGGAGGCGGUGCUGGGCGCCUACUGCCGGCACCUGACGCGCCAGGCCGGCCGGGGCUUCUUCGCACUGACUCGGCCGGAGCCGGACCUGGCCCAGGUUGGGCAGCGGCUUAGGGAGCUGAGCCUCCAGCUGUCGUCCGCUCUGCACACGCUCGACAUGACGCCGCCCGCACUCUCGGCGGCCUCCGACCGCGGCGGAAUGUGCGUCUUCGACCCGUCGCUUUUCCGCAAGUCGGACUGCUGAGCAGCGCCGCCAAAAUGGGCCGCCGACUCGGACCGUAGGGUAGGCUUGCCUCUGAACUGCCGAGUCGGGACGACCGCCGAGUCACACUGUUGAGUUAGACCACUAGGGGGAGCCACUGGGCUGAACUGCCGAGCGAAACUGUUAAGGAAGUGCUGAGCCAGGUUGCUAGACUGUUCGGUUGAACUGCGGAGUCGAAACUGUCGGGUUAUACUGCCAAGUUGGACGGUAAAGUCGGAACUGCCAGGUCGUGCUGCUGGGUUGGUCUGCCGAAUUGGACAUUAGAGUGUGAUUGCUGUUGGGCCGCCGAGGCAGAUUGCCGAGCCAGACUGCGUACCUCAAUUGCUGAGUUGGGCUGCUGGGUUGAACUGCUGUUAGACGGUUGAGCCAGAUCGUGUCUCAUGCUACCGUUGCGUUUUUGAGCGCAGGUCGCUGUUCUUCUGUCUGGCAGCUUUUGUGCACCUUCAACUCUUCCUGUGCAAUGCCUUUGUGGCUACAACCCUGGCAGUGAUUUGUGGCUCAUGCGCAUAACUCGUGGACAGGACAAGAAGGAUAGGAGCAUGCUUUGAGUUGUCCUGACUCUAGCCUGAGCCCAUUAUUGCUGCUAUCAUUACCUAAGGCAGAAAACUUGUGCUGGUGACGGGGGUGCUAAACACUCCUGCUGCCAUUGUUAUCCCGUCGAUGACGUAGUGGGACAAACUUCUAGGGGGAAGAGGAAGACCCUAGAGUUUUUAUACUGUGCUUGCACCAUGUAGAUGAGAUUUCACCUUUCAUUUGAACAGUUCGUUGACAUGGCGUGCACAUUCUAGAGCAAGAGUUGCAUGGGAAAGGUGCCACUUCAGAGUCUUUCUUCUGUCAGAUCACUCCACCACCUGUUUCUUAACUGCACGCGUUCAACCCGUGCGGGUUUUGAAGAAAUUCAGUCGUGUUCUGUACUCAGCUGGUUGAUGUUAUACCUGUCUUUGUAUAAACUGCUUUGCAAAUGCUCAUUAUUGGCAAGCGACAGAGAUUGCACCAGUUCCUUCUGCUCGCGUGGAUUGGACAGAAGGGCUUUUUCUUCGCCUUCGCACGUAUCGUCUGUAGCAUAUUUAACUUCCUCAGAGUUUCUCUCUUGAGUACGACUAUGCGUCCGUCUUGGCACCUUCUUUGGGAAGAUCAGCCGAUACUAGGAUAUGUCGUACUAAGUGAGGUAUUGACUUUCUGCGGGUCGGGUAGUAGCCGCAGUCGGAGCCUCAAAAAGCAUCCGAAAAUUUAAGCGUAAUUUGUUUGCUUGUAAUUUUUUUUCCGUAAAAAUAAAUGGUGAGUUAGCUCCGAACCUUUUUUUCCUCCUGCUAUUUGUUAAAAAACAAAGCAAAAAAAAUGUUUUUUCUUAUUACAGAGCGUGUGACGAAUUAUUUGUUUCCCAGUCGAGCACGCAAUGGGCCAUCGUCGCACCGGUGAGCGUGCAGAGAGCCGAUUUCCUCCCGAGAGAAAGAGGGGGCGCAUUUGCUUCAGCAUUCACUGGUAUAGAUAAAUAGCGGGCAACGAAGGCAAUUUAUUUCGCACACAUCCAAGCCCGUCCAGACAACGCCUCGUUUCAUGCAGUUUCAAGGCUGGGCAGUCGACUGCUCUCGCUCACUUCGUCCACUCCUGCUGGUCGGGUUUUGUCGGUGGCGAGGUUUGUGACCACUCUUAGAAGGCAGACGAACAAGAGGUGUCGCCACACUCCGUUUCGACCAUAGGCAAUCCCACGGUCCGACGGACCCAAACAGGCAGCGCCAAAUGUGUGCCGUCGCGGCGCUCGUGUUCCCCGGGGGUUUGUUGUUGCUGACUGCACCAAUCGCGCACGGCGAAUGCGCCGCGAUCCUACACUAAUUUUCUGCGCGCGAUCGCUUUGGCCGGCAGCGGCAAACCUACGAAGGCGACGGGCACCGCGACAAAGCCCUUCUGGCACCCCUCAAUUGGCUUUGUCGGGUCGUGGCGUCGGCUGAGGCUUGGCUUAAAGCGGAACAAAACGUAGCCGGCGCAGCACCCAGAGUGUUGCGUCGCGAACGCGUUUUGGAAGUGUGGGCACUAUGGAGGGACCGCUGACGCUCGCCAAUCCAGAACCCUUUGUGUUCCGCCAAUCGGGUGGGCCAUGCCUGUGGCGCCACCUCUUAAUACAAACGGAGAAAUCGGAAGCGCCACACAGGGGCUUCCACGUCGGCCGCCUUGACGACCGUUCGAUUUUCGUCUCGCAACCCGGGUGUCUGGGGACGUGAUCGGUAUGCUUCAGUCUGCAUCAGUGCUCGACGCGCUUUUCUUCCAGCCCGUCUCGAAAGACCGUCUGUAAAGGCGGUGGACUAGAGACUUUAGAAGGGCUUUCCUUUGAAUCGUGUUAGACCCUCUGAACCUUUUAUCAUUUUUGUGCCGCCGGAACGAAGGUGUUGUGCCGCCGCGAUGGCAGGUCCAAGCUUUGCGGUGCUGUGCUACAUCAGCUUUGCUCGAUAGUGGCGCUUUGGUUCUGCCCCUGCGUAACGUUUUGCAUUUUGCUACUGGAAAAAUUGAAGGACUAUUACCCAGAAAAUUUAAUAGAAUUUGGCACUUAAGAGACACCAGCAAACAUGUUACAGCACCCUACGUACAUUUGCAAUGUGUGUGAUUAGAGCACCAACCGCAGGGUGGGUGUUGCUCUACUGUUCAGUCUUUGUUUAUUUCUAUAAUUUUGUUCAUUAUUUCUUAUAGUAUUUAGGCAACCACUACUUUUCUGCAAUCUUGUAUUUUAAUAUAAGUAUAUGCUUCCCUGGGUUCAAACCGGGUUUGUGACAUUAUGAAAGAAAGAGAAAGUGUGACGUGAGUUAAGGGGGGAGGCUGUAUUUCUCAGUGGUGAUUUCAAAUAUGCAAUUAGUUUUCAGGUAGCUUUACUAGAUCUUGAGUUAUCAAUAAAUUAGUCAUUUUAAUUAGGUCCUCUUUGCGGGUCGUUAGCGUAAAAUUCUACAGAAUAUAUCAGUAAUAUUUAUAGAAUUGCACUCAUUAGGACAUGUUUUGUGCGGUGAUGCUAUUUUUGUUGCUUUAUAGCUCAUACAAUAAUUUUAAUUAAUUAGUCUCAAAAAGAUGUAGCCUCCCGUUUUGUGCAACUUGAUUGCAAAUGUUUUUUUACCAAUGUAAUAUCAUUAUAUCAGGCUUAAAAUAGCAUCAUCGCACAAAACAUGUCUUGGUGAAUGCAAUUCUACAAAAAUUUCUGUUAUAUUCUGAAGAAUUUUAUGGUAACGGCCCGUCAGGAGGACCGAAUUAAAAUUAACAAUUUAUUAUUAAUUAAGGAUCUAGUAAAGCUAUCUGAAAAAUAAUCGUAUAUUUGAAAUCACCACCGAGAAAUACAUCAAUGUACUAAAUUUCAGCACGAUAAAUAAAAAAUAAAAAACGAAAUGUUAAGGAUUAGCCUCCCCCCUUAAGCAAUUUCGUUAGAAGCUCUGAAUUUCUUGAAUCUACUAAUCUACCAUGAAACGUCUUCUUUUAAAGCACCGUAAAAAUGUUUCACAAAGUUUUUUUUUUUGUGAGCAAUAUUUUGCAGCAUUUUCUGUACGUAAAGUCUGCUGCAUUUAAAGCUCGGCCGCCAGCGUGAGAGAUAUAGGUAACUUCUGGGUACUGGUGUGCCAGUGUAAAAGGUGCCAAUGACUUCUCGUUGACAAUUACAGUUUGCCACUGUGGCGUAGUUGGGUAAAUGUUUUAAGGGGGGGUUCAGCCUCUUAUAAACCCCAUCCCCAACCUAUGCCACUGUGUUGCCAUGACUGACAUUGGCUUCCUACAUAAAUUAGGGGUUCUACACGUGCACUGAACACUCGCGAUCAAAGUUGGCAUCCAAAGUCCAGCGUCUCAGACGCUUGCGCUGUGGUACCAUAGAAAGCCGUCUGUGAAACUAGCCUGGAGGGUUUCAAAUUGCAAAUAUGUUUCUAUAGUCGCUGACGAAGCGAGAACGGCAGUGGGAAGCUUCAGAUGUUCCGCCUCCAACGAGAGUUCUCUACCUUCGACGACGCUUCAAAAAGAAGCACCACGCGCGCAGCCGAAGCAUGGCGGAAGGCACGAAGCGCGUGCUGGAAGCCGGGCGUUUAAAAGACGCAUCCUACCAUUCUUAUUCUGUCAGUGACUGUAGCAAACGGCGCAUUUCCGCAGCCCAAACGCUAACUUCCCGUCAAACCUCAGUCUAUUUUAACCACCCUGUCCGACUCUUCGCGGAGGUCGCGACAGGAAAGCGGAACAAGUUUGGACGUUGUCCCGAAAGUGCUUCCCUCAUUAUGACACCAGGAACAUACCACAAAGACUCAAGAUAGAGCCCAGGAAUCAAGGUGCACCUCGUCGUCCGAGUCGCCCGCGUUUGUGACGACUAGUUUAGCGGGGGUAUUUGCUCAACCGAUUUUCUACAACUCGUGGCCGGAAUUAUGUAACCAAGUGUACUGCCGCGACUGUCUCUGUCUAGAAGUAGCUUCUUUCUGUUUGUGCUGUGCCCGUUGUCGUCGGAGGUGGUUGUGUGGUCCUCGGUCGUAUUUAUUUGCGCGCAAAAGCUAGUCAUGUGUGUUGGUUGAAGCCGGAAUGUGUGCUUGAUGUUCUCCGUGUUCCUUUGCGCAAGCAUUCCACGAGUGUGUGGUUUUAUGUUGGCUGCUUCGUACGUUAGAUUUCGAAUAAAUGUGACAUCAUUUCAUA